AUUUUUGUAUGAAUUGAUGACAGGUUGUGCCAGUGGAGUGGCCUUUGGAAGCUCCUGCUAUUCAUUUGAGUCGGAGGCGACAGACUUCGCUACCGCCCAAUCUACCUGCACUACCCAAGGACAGCAUCUCAUAUACCUCGACUCCAACAAUGAACAGGCUUACAUUCAACAGACACUCUCUCAUCAAUUCCCUGGGAUAGACUUUUGGAUUGGUCUCACCAAGGAUAGCAGUGACGUCAUUAUGUGGCUGGAUCAAACAGAGCCGGUGUAUACGAGAUGGUUGACGGUGUCGAUGUCGAGUUUCAAUGAGGGAGCUGCAUGCUUUCGGAUGAAAAGGGGGCGUGAUUAUACAUGGCAUGACAAGGACUGUGAAAGCGGCUAUGGAUACAUAUGCGAACGAGAUAUGGGUUCAGACGUUUGUCCGACCGAGAUGGUGAGCCAUGAUGGAUCUUGCUACCGCAUUAUCAGCGCAUCUGUCAACUAUAAGGAAGCUUUCGCAGCAUGUCUGGACACCUGGGAAGCACGUCUUGUUUUCAUCGAAACAGAGGAGGAACAAGAGUUCUUGAAAUCGCAGAUUAUUCUCGUAGACAACCAAGCCGACUUUUGGAUAGGGUUACUUAAGUCAUCGAUGGAUGUUAUAACCUGGAGUGAUGGGACUAUGCCUGUCUAUACCAAUCUUGAGUACGAUUCCUUCAAUGAAGGGACGCCAUGCUUCCGAAUGAAGAGCGGUCGGGAUUACUACUGGCAUGAUCGCCCAUGUACUUUCAUGGUCCCUUACAUCUGCGAGCAAGAAGAUGCUUGCGGUACACAAGAUGGUCUCACUCCUGCAUCGAUCGGGGAUUCUACAGGAGAAUCGUCCACUGAAUCAUCCACCGAGUCGGAUGAGACGACGGAACCAACCAUCGAAGAGGGGACCCGAACCACGAAGCCACAAGCUGGAGAAUUUCGAUCAUCUUACGUCAGAGCAAUGGCAGAGAACUUGUCGCUACCUGACUCGGUAGUUCUCUCCAGAUUUCGGGUCAACUCCAUCAUACGGUGUGCAGGGUUAUGCAACGAGUUAACUGAAUGUACUCAUUUUACCCAUGUCAUCUCAUCAUCGACUUGCCUGCUGGGAUAUGCUCGGAAUCUUCAGUCAGCGGAGUUAGUGCACUUUGAUGGCGCACGAUCGUUCGCCGUUUCAGGCUCCUAACUUUCACUGACAUGACUGUGUAUAAUGAUGAAAGAGCAGCAUUUUAAAAGAUCUCCCUGUAUCUUUUAAAAUUGUUGACCAUAACUUAUUUCAUGAAGGAAUCUACGUUAAGUAGGGGGAGGGGGAGGAGGAGGCGUUACCAUGAUUGUCAGAAAAUGAGGACAAACUUUGAUUUUAGGAAUCCCGUCGGCCUCUCAACGCCUCUUUUGGUGGAAGUGUGGGGGGGGGGGGUUAGGAGGAAAAACCGGACAUAAAUUAAGAAAAAAUAAUAUCGGGGUUACGGGGCCACACGCCACUCCCUCUACCCCUCUUCUCCCCCCACGUCUGAAGUUAUCCAAACAUGUCUCCGUACCUUAUAAAAAAUGUGAAUAUAAUGCCAAUGAGUGUGAAUUAUAAUUGUUUUGUGUUAAAUCAUUUCAAUUACUUCACCUGCAUGUCCCCCUCUUCUUCUUUUCAGGUUUCAUCUUCUUUCCUUUUCAUUCCACUGUUUUUUUUCCAUUUCA